AUGAAUAUCAGUAUCAUUUAUUUCCUCUUAUGUGUAGUUUUAUUAGGGAGAGGAGAUGACUACUGGAAAAACCGAAAAAGAGAGAAAAUUGAGCAUGAUAAUGGAAUAUUCAAGAAAAGAGUAGCACUGGAAAGGGAUGAGAAAGCAUUAGAACAUUAUUUUAACUCGGUCCCUCAGAUAUAUCAUCAUAAUUACGUACAUCCUAAAUUAAUGAAAUUUACAAAAGAUAAUCGAGAAGUAUUAAGGAAUACUAAGUCAGAACCGUAUGAGUCAUCUUUAACGAUUAAUGAUAAUAUUCACUUUAGUAGUUCCAAGAACAUGUCACAUAAACCUAAUUCACUUGGUUUCCUCAAAUUUCAAUAUAAACACAGUUCAAAAUACAAGAAAGUUACGGAUACAACUUUGAAAUGGCCCUCGUUUGAAGAUUUGUUGUUGUCGGUUGGGGUUGAAUAUGACUGGAAAAGUGAUCGCUGGAUAAAAAUGAAACAAAAGCUUACAAAAUCUCCAGACAAAACGAUUAAAACCUCAAACUUUAAUCAAGAUGUCGGUCAGAAACAUGAAUUUAAAUACAGAACUGUAAGAAUUAACGGAAGCAAAAGCAGGAAAAAUAUCAUAAUUGCAGUAACAGCAGUAAGAUAG